GGAGCCGCCGUCUCGCUCUGACGCCGCCGCGGCUGCGCUCGCCUUGGCGUUGUGGCGCGGCGCAUGGGCGGGGAGCGCGGCUGAGAUGAUGUAUGGCGUAUCUGAAAAACUACUCGACAAAUUGUGAUGCCUUCAACAUGUGUGCAGUCUCGCCACGGGAGAGAUGAGCGAUCCGGGCGGCUACGUGUUCGAGUCCGCGGAGCACGGCGCCGGCGUGCUGCGGCGGCUCGACGCGCAGCGGGAGCGCGAGCUGCUGUGCGACGUCACGGUGCGGGUGGGCGAGCGGCGGUUCCCGGCGCACCGCGCCGUGCUGGCCGCGUGCAGCGACUACUUCCUGUCGGCGCUCAGCUGCCAGCCCGAGCCGCGGCCCGCGCUGUCCCUGCCCGCCGAGGUCACGGCGGCUGGGUUCGACCCCCUGCUGCAGUUCGCCUACACGGGGAAGCUGUUCCUGAGCCGCGACAACUUCGCGGACGUGGCCCGCUGCGCGUCGCUCCUGCGCGUCCACGACCUCGAGGAGUCCUGCUUCGAGUUCCUCGCCUCCAAGCUCGCGGGCCCUCGCGAUGGUCCCGCCACUCCCACCGGCGGCGCCCCGUCCACCUGCCCCCUCCCCCUCUCGGACCGCGUGCGCUACCAGCAGGCCGCGGCGCGGGGGUGGGACGGCCGAGGCGACGAGCGGGGGGACGGCGGCGCCGCGCGCUCGCCGGCGGCGCCCUACCGGCCCGCGUCGGCCUGCGGCCCGGUCCAGGUCCUGUGCGGCGUGGCCGGCGGCUGCGAGGAGGCCGCCCCGGGCGGGCCGACGCAGCGGUGCGUGCAGAGGCCCCGCAGCCCCAAUAGCCCCGAGUCGCGCUGCGACCGUGAGGAGACGCUCGCGAAGGACGAGCGCCCGGAUGCCAGACUAGCGUUCGUGACGCCACAUUACCAGAACUCCCAGAGGUGCGGCCUGACCCCGCGGGCCGUGCAAUGCCAGCGCCAGCCUCAACGUCCGGGCGACGUCGGUCAGGAGGAUCUGGCCAGCGAAUCGCCCCUAGGCAGCUUUGCUAAUUCAUCGCCGUACUCGCAAACGGACGCGGCCAAGGCCAGCAUCAUCACCUGCCCGCAGGCCUCCGCACGAAGGUUCUGCGGUUCUCGGGAGCCCCGGUUCUCCCCGCAGCGGAGUACGGGGACUCCCGAGUACGGAGGGGAGAAUGCGCAUGAGGGGGGAGUGGGUUCGACGGCGCCCGAGAAACCCUGCGGGCCGCCGCCCAUGAUGUGCCCGCUGCGGGACCCCGACGCCUCCGUCACAGUCAUCGUCAGCUCCCCGAGAACCGGCAUCAGGUUUCAGGCCGGCGUGUGCGAGUCCGCCAGAGACGCCCCGGGCACGGAAUUUCCUCCCCCUGUGUGCCCCCGGUCGGAACGGCGCCCCGUGGACUUCUGCCCCGCGUCGAGAUCCGUGAAGACGGAGCCGCAGCAGCAGGGCGAGCACGGCGCGCCGGGGGUUGGCUGCGACGUCGCGCGGGAGGACUCGACGUACCCGAGGCUCGUCGACCGCCACGUGGGCACCGCCGCGUGUGACGCCCCCGGCAGGGACGUGACGCGGAUACGGUGCUCGAGGAACGACGCGGGCGACGCGCUCUCCCUCUCCAACCUGUGCCCCAAGUACCGCAGGUUCCAAGAGGCCUGCCGGCAGGAGCAGGGCUUCGGCGGCUCGGUUCGCCUCGAGGCGGCGUCCCCUGAGUGGUGGACGGGCUCGAAGGAACACUACGGCGACUCCGCUUCGGCACCUUCCAAGCAGGAGUCCAACGCAUCUCAGGCAGCAACCAACGAGGAUCGGCACGUGACGAACUUUGGCGUCAAGGAACAGGUUUCGCCGGAGGGGAUGGACCUGGAACACACCGUGUCGCAAGAACCUUCAAUACCUACUACCUCUCGAUUACCACCUCAGAUGGACCCCAGGAAAAACUUCCUGUGCGGCCAAGCAACCUACAGUUUGCAAUCGUCUUGCCAGCCAGGUGCCCGGAGCCCUCAGUACCCACUUACCUCAGGCUACAGUCCCUCGGCUGUCGUGUGUCCGCUCAGGGGCCGCACCGUGGAUAUCACUUGGGAGGCCGUCGGGGAUUUCUCUCUCCCUCCGGCACGCCGUCGCUCCUCGGACACUCCGGCCACGGAGACGGAAUCCAGGCGGGGGAGCGCGGGCGAGGAAGCGGCUUGCUACGCGCACGCGAAGAGGCACGGCGGGGAAGACGACGACGAGGAGGAGGAAGAGGAGGACGAGGAGGACGACGAGGAGGAGGAAGAUGCGGCGGCGGUGCCUGCGGAGCGGGGCCUGUGCGGCGGAGAGAGCAGAGGGUCCAGCGCGGGGCCCUCGCCCAUCAACCUCUCCCUGCCGAGCCACGAGGCGCCGGUGCCGCCGCCGACGCGCCGGCUGCCCCCGCUGUCCUCUGCCGUGCAGUUCGAGCUGUGCCCGGUGCUGCGGCGCUGGGAGCCGGGCCCCGUGUGGCACGGGGACGACGCCCCGGGGCCUCGCCUCUGUUCCCCCCCGCCGGCUCAGCAGUGCCCAGCCUCCGCCGCCGCCGCCGCCGCAGCCGCAGCCGCUUCCUGCGCGUCAUGCACCAGAUACCCAGCGCUGUCCGCCAGCCACUCCGGGGACGAGUCGGACUCGUUCUCGGACGACGAGAGUGAACUUUAUACGUCGCAGGAGCAGGACAUGUGCAAGAAGGAGAUGAAGCUGCCCUUCCCCAUGGAGAAGAUCUCGCGGCUCCCGCGGAGCGAAUUCCAGGAGCUGCUCAAGAUGCACGCGCUCACCCCCGAGCAGCUCGACUUCAUCCACGACAUGCGCCGCCGCAGCAAGAACCGCCUGGCGGCGCAGCGCUGCCGCAAGCGCAAGCUGGACUGCAUCCACAACCUGGAGACGGAGAUCCACAAGCUGUGCAAGGAGAAGGACCGCCUGCUGGUGGAACGCGAGCACCUCCGCGUGUGCAUGGACGAGCUCUACCACAGCUUCACGGGGCUAUGCCGGGAGCUGUGCCAGGGCGUGCAGAACAACCCGGCGCACAUGCAGCUCUUGGGCCAGUACAUGUCUCCCGGGGGGCGGCCCCCCGAGCCCCCCGCCGCCGCCCGCCACCUACAGCAGCCGUCCGCGCCUCCGGUCGCGCGGCGCGGUCUCGGCGGCGCGAGGCCGCGUCGUCCCACGGGCGCCGCCGCUAUGGAGGAGGGCGAGGGCGGGGAUGGCGGCGGCGGCGGCGGCGCUCACGAGGCCGAGGUGGGAGGGGCGGCGUCGGAAGCACCGGUUCGCGACGCCGAUAACCGCGAGGACGGCGGAGGAGGAGGAGGAGCUCUGGGGAGGAACGACGGUGCCGGGUAGCCCCGGGCAGGGCACGUUUGUGAAUCGGUGCCGGUGGGGGGGGGAGGCGCUACGUCAGGCGUGAGGUGGCGAUUCCCCCUCCCUCGAAACGAAAGCAACGCGGAAAAACAAAACCCCCGGCGGUUUGCUUUUUUUUUCCCGUGUGGAGCGGUGGCGGUGGUCCAUUUUACCGGUGGGGGGAAAGAAAAAUCGAUGCUGAAUGAGCACUACGUGUGGUCACGCGGUCGGUGCUACUCUUCUCACCAGCAUAUCUCAAGGGGGGCCAUCCCAGCAGCCUCGCACACUUUCAAAGGGCUCUACCGUCAGGGAAGGCCUUGUCAAUCCGCGAGCCUUCACAAAGUGAUGUUUCGUCCAGGAGAAAGGAUGCGUCGUUCGCCCCGGCCUUUUUCUUCCUACGUGAAAACUGCCUGCAGUUCCAUCGAAAGGCACGAGCAGUGAUGUUGCUGUUAAGAUUAUUAACAGUUACCGGGUCCACAGAGCGUUUCUUGCCAGUUGUACUCAUAUAUUGGGACUAAUUUUCCUGUAAUGUAUCAACAUCUGUUUCAGUAAUGAGCCAUUUUUUUCUUUUCCAUGGGCCAGGCCUACGUGGACUGCUGGGAGUGCGGGGGGGGAGCAUUGUAAAUCCCGACCUCACCUGGUGAUUUUUACGGGCGACUCGUGACAAUAGCGGUGAGAUUCAGGCACCUUCGGGUUGCGCUUGCAACCCUCAAGUGUCUAUGGCGAGUCUGCAGAAUCGACGGUUUGAAAAACCUAACGGUACGUCACUAAAUUCCUGUGACGUCACCUUCUGCAAGAGAUCCGUCGCUGGUCGCAGGCGUUCGUGGUUCUAGCCCAGCGGCCGCCCCUAUUAUACUGCGGGUGGAUUAACCACGAAUACGUGCCGUCUGCUUCACGGUGGACGUUAAAGAUCCACCCCCCCCCCCUCCCGUGACGUUUGGCAACGUGUCCCGUCGUCACUAUGCAGGUAGAAACAUUACUCGCACGUUACUUAACUGGGAGCAACCACCCACCAACAUCAUCCCAGACUUAUGCCCUUUUGCAGGCCGGCACUGCAUUACACCAUUUUGCCGCCGAGUAGGGUAGAGCUGCCACCGGGGGACGGGGGGGGGGGUCUCCGUGGCAAGCCCCUGGCAGCAGGGCAUUGAAAUGAGAUGUGACGUGAUGCAAGGUGCUUUUGGGUUUUCCGAGGCGUCGACGUGCACUACAAAAUGCAAAAUCCGUAUCCUUUAAAAGCCAUCACCAGUUGGCCACCAAGCGGUUUGAAGAGCGGGCGUGGAGGGGGGAGGGGGAUGUGUGGACGACGGAGGAGACGAUGGUCUUGGCAGGUCGCCCGCGCCAGGGAGACUUCGCCUGACUCUUUGGGUGGGAAUGGCCACUGUGACAGGGCCGGAGAGGGAGACACUACGUUUGCCACGUCCGUUGGGCCGCUUGAACCCCGCCCCCCCCUUUUUUUUACUGCGAAAUAACUAUCGCGACGAUCGCCCGGUGGUAUUGUCGGGCUUCGAGGGAUAUUAAGGUCCUUGUCAACGGCGGCGCAACAACCUCGACAAUUUGUUGCCGAUUCCCGUUGAAAGAAAAUAUUUUUUAAUAUAUUUGUUUGCUUACGAAGCGAGUUGUGUACAACACACAAAUGCCAUUUUAAAUUUGCUUUCCCGAAAGCAAACUCCCUCGAAAAACUAAAAAGAUCAAACAUUUUGAUGCGAAAAAGGGGAUGGAAAAGAAGAACGUGUGUACGUGCCUGUAAAACAUUUUACGAGUUCAGGUUUCUUUUUUACAUUGUUGUCAUGUCGCUUUUUUUUUAAGAAUGUAACUUUUUGCAAGCCCUGUGCGCAUAGCACGUGCACCCACACACACAGUCAUUGUCGAGGCGAUUUACCAUUUCAGGGUUCUUGCGUUUUUAUUCACAACGCGGGUGGAGCGGUGGGGCGGGGGGCUGUGAUUGCGCCUGGCGGGGAGGGUGUCGUCGGGGUGUCCGCGGUCUCGCAGCGCGUGCACGCGUCCACUCGGAGCCUGGCUUGCGUGCGUCGCCAGCGCCGGCUGCGGAGGGAGGCGCGCGUCAUGCCAGACAUCACCCCCCUUCCCACAGUGCCGAACUCGGGUUGCCAACGGGAUAUUUAAGCACGACGAAAAUGGGAUUUUGUGUCUGCCGCACACCCUGCAAUCCCAGCGUCUUGGGAGGCCAGGGUUGGCGGAUCACGUGUCGAUGGAGUCAUUAUGUGUGUGACGGCCCCGUCUGCUUGGCAACGGAAGGCGGCGGCUGGCUGCUGUAGGAAGCGGUGAAGCCGUCUCUGGAGGGUUUUAUCCUCUUUCCUAUAUUCUCCUGGCACUCCGGCUUUUCAUAAAAAUGCGAAAAUAAAUCAAACAUAGUUGGCCGAAUGUCCACAACUAUAGAUCGGGUUUUUUUUCUGAAAGGCUUGCCAGCAGCUGUGUUUGUAAAAAAAGCACUUGGCUCUGCCAAACUCACCUCACCUCAACAAUUAGCUCCUCCAGACAUAAUACUUAAUAUUCCUGUCAUUUCCGUAGCAAUUUAUAAAGGAGUAAUUGAUCAAUGGCUGUGUCGCUGUAUAUAAAUAAAAUAUUAAGCAUUACUAACUUUAUAGUUUUUUCACAAAAAAAAAACAAUUGUUUUUUAUUUACAUUUCACAAAAAUACAACUUAUUAAAUCCAAGCAACUGGAAGUCUUGCCAAAACUGCCUCGUAUGUAAAGAUUGUCUCUCAUUUUGAAGGCGUCAAUACACCUUUUUUAAACCUUUUGGGAAGAUUUAAAUUAAAUUCAAAUACCCUCGCGGUUGUGUCGCAACAAGACGUUAAAUAGUUUGUUCACUUGAUCACCACGGGUCCCUCAGUCGGUUUAUUCUCCGCGAUGACGUUUGCUCCGAGCUUGGCUUACGCGCGAGGCGUCCGAAAGGAGUUGUUCUCGCGCUUUCGCGGCGCUGGCCCAACGCCGAGCGACACGGCGUUGGCCGUCCGUCGGACUGGAGACCCGACACAGACUGCUGUGGCAUGUUUUUUGCGCGCCCCAGUCGUGAACGCAAAAGUAACGGAACUCAUUUGUGACUUCACUGUUGCUUGAUAAACCACGCCAGCAAAGCUGGGUGAGAAGUGCCCUUUUUGCAGACUCCGCUUGACAAUGUCUGUGGGGGCCCCCCUUCUAUGGCUACGUAGUCCCCUCAGUCUUUUGUACUCAUUUCUUGUUUUACUUGUGACUCGUAAGAACCGUUUGAUAAAGAGCCCGUGGAGCAGACCCUCAGCGCGGCAGUUUCUCCCGUUGGCUGUUGUUCUGCUGGAAAUUGGCAGUCAAUUUCCUCUUCAGCAACAUGAAUCGCCCCACAACCCCCCGCGUUAGCGGGGCCAGGUAUCGAACGGUCUAUUCAAAAUGCUAAAAAUUCUGUCAGAGAGGCUUGUCACGUUUCAAGUGCACCCUUUUUUCUGGUGAUGUAAACGUUCCUUGGGAUGUCAUCAACAGCGAGCCUUCAGUUCUCGGGCAGUAAUGCUCUCAGGUUAUCAAUUCGUUACCAAAUGUUAAUGGUCACACGGUUUUUUUGUGGUUUCCAUUGUUGCGGAUUCUCUUUUUUUUACAGUGUAACAGACUCGUAAGUCUUAAACAUUUGCAAUUACUCCACUCGGGCAGGCUUUUAUCACAAAACCCGCGUCGCCCUUGUCACUGCAAACAAUUACAAUCGAAGCAGACAAACUUUCGUUUUUUGCUUCCUCUCAACAAUAUGUGACUGCGUGUUUUUCCCGUCUUAUCUCCCGCCGGCCACCUGCCUAAGAAAAAAGGAAAGGAUAACAACAACAAAAACAACAACAAGGGGCUCGAAUCAAAUUCGUUGGGAGCCGCGUGCCCGAGGCGCCGCAGUCAAACUGCUCUGCCGCUUCGCUCGUGCUGCCCCCCCCCCUCUCCUCUCGCCACUUUCCGACCUGCGCGUCGCGGUCAUUCCCAUUCGGCGGUUUGACACUUUUGAGAAGGCCAAAAAAACCGAUCCUCCGCCCGCGGCCCGCCCGCCACUUCGUGCCGCAGCCCCCCCCCCCCCCCCAACACUGCUCGACAGCGGUAAAAUUGUGCAAGGAAGUUGACGAUUCUGGCAACGGACCCCCAUCCGUCGUGCGCUGGAGAAGCGACCGUUUCAAGACGCAUCCUCCUGUGUAUCAGUGCGGUGUUGAGGACUCAUGGCGACGGGCGUUGGUGUUUGCACAGAGGAGGAAUCGUUGGCCGAAUAUAUAUUUAUAUAUUUUGGUGGAUGCACGCUUCUGGAAGGAAUGUGUUCUGCAGUGCUGCCUAAAUGACAUAAAGGAUCAUUGGCACGUUGAGUGCAAAAUAAGGA